AUGGCGGGACACGAAUACGCAGACUGGGACACAGAGCGGAAUCUGAGACAGCUAGAGGACUCUGCUGCCCGCAACGUCUCUCAGGUUUCCAAGGACCUGCACAGAUACCAGAGUGACCAAAUGGCCCAGAAGUCCCAGGCUGCUCAGCUGUCGCGGAACGUGGAAAGACUCCAGGCCCAGCAGACGCAACUGGAGUCUCAGGACUCYGAGCUCUCCUGGAACCUGGACAGACUCCGAGCAGACCUGAGCGACAGCAAGUCCCAGAGCUUGAAUGAGAGGCGUGCCGCCUCCGACUCGCUGGAAAAGCUCCAGGAAGAGGUGGCGAAGCUGUGGAUGGAGAUACUGGCGUCCAAGGGCACCACGUGCAACACGUGCCCCGAGGGGUGGCUCCAUUUCCGACAGAAGUGCUACUACUUCGGCCAGGGCGCCAAGCGCUGGGUCCAGGCCAAGUUCACCUGCGACGACCUGGAAGGGCGUCUGGUCAGCAUCCACAGCCAGGAGGAGCAGGACUUCCUGACCAAGCAUGCCAACAAGAGGGGCUCCUGGAUUGGCCUCCGGGACCUGGACUUGGAGGGGGAGUUUAUCUGGAUGGACGGGAGCCCCCUGGGCUACAGCAACUGGAAUCUGGGGGAGCCCAACAACGGGGACCAGGGCGAGGACUGCGUGAUGAUGCUGGGCUCGGGCAAGUGGAACGACGCCUCCUGCCGCGGCGAGCUGGACGCCUGGGUCUGCGAGCAGCUGGCCACCUGCGGGCCACCCGCCCCCUCAGCCUCUGUGACCCCACCCAAGCCCUCUCCCAGAGUCACCCCUGCCCCAGACAACUAUUCUGUGACCACCUGUCUCGAUAGCCAUGGAUCUCGAAAGUGCAGUUCCGGGAGCUCAAGGAAUGCAAAUUCUUGA